AUGCGGAUGAAAGAUGAAAUUCAACAGAUGAAUGCCAUCCUCUUUGCACACGCCAGUUGCGAAGGCUGCAAAGCUCCAGAGGAAAUCCAGGCCCAUCUCAGUCAGCUGGGCAAUGACCUGUUCAGCCAACCGUUGACCAUGCCUACUCAGACUUUUGGUGAAUUUCCUCCGUUGAACUUCCCUGAGCUUCCUGCCUUGCCGGACAAUUUCUUGUCGACUGCGACUCCAGAUCAACUACUAAACCCGCCACUACCGGAUUUCGACCGUCCUGCAGAGUUUGAGGUGACCACUCCACUUCCCAUUCCGGUACAGGCGGACUGA